GUUUAUACCAAGCAAAGCAAAGCAAACUAAAGAGAAAAUGCGUUCCUACAUUUUUAUUGCCCUUUUCGCUCUGAUUGUUGUGGUUGCCGCUCAAGGUGGACCUCAAGGUGGACCUCAAGAUGGACUUCAAGAUGGACACCAAGCUGGAACUCAAGCUGGCCAGGGGGGACCAAAGAACGGUGAGCAGGGCGGUCAGCAAGGACCCCAGCAAGGAGGUCCUCAGGAUGGACAACAGAGUGUUCCUCAAAAUGGCCAGGAGGGUGGACCAUGGCACUUGCCUGCGAAUGGAACAGUCCUCUCCAACAGCACCACAUCUACAACCACUGAGGCGAGCACCACAGAGACCAGCACCACUGAGGCCACUUAGGAUGUAGCUGGAUUCUAUUCUUAAAAGUUUUUUAGUUUACUUAUGUUCCUUAUCUUAUUAUUAAUAAAAUUAAAAAUUCUAAAUAUU